AUGUAUCUGCCCCGUCGCACCUCGUUCUCCCUCGAACAAAGGCCCAAGCUCGGGCGCAACACGUCCUCGUCGUCCAUCGUCAGCCUGCACGUACACCAAUCCUACCUCGCCAGCCAGCUCGGCUCCCUCAGCUCCGAGCUCGGUCUCGGCCUCGCCUCUCCCAACCUCGACGAUGACGACCAGCAACGGGCUGCCGCCGCCGCCACCCCUUCCGCCAUGUUCUCUGCGCCCAGCGUGAAGCUGGAUAGCAGCAGCGCGGGCUCCAUGGAUCGCGCCAAGGACGACAACGUCGUCGCGACGGCCACCUCGACUACCGCCCCGGCCACCAGCAGGGACCGGGCGUCCAGGCUGGACGACCUCUUUGCAGGAUCUCGCCAUGCUGCUCCUCAGAAGUCGAAGUCGAAGCCUUCGGGCAGCCACGGCGCAAAGCACGCCAGCCUCCGCGGGUACGCAGAGACUCGGUGGAAGCGCCAGGAGCUGCUCGAGAGCAAGAUCAUGCGCUCCAACGACGUGCAGCGCCUCGAGUGGGAGGCAAAGGCCGCCAUGCUCCGCGACUCGUACCCGCUCGCCAUCCUGCUCCUCUACCGCGCUGGCGUGCUCGGCUCCGCCACCUCCUGCAUCUCGCUCGCCCGCCUCUACGCCCUGGGCAUCACAAAGGGCAACGCGCCCGUCGUCGUCCUCGUCUACCGCGACCCGCUGCGCAGCCUGGCAUGGAGCCUAGAGGCGCUCGCCAUCCUCGAGAGGAGGCUGUCGGCGCAGAUCAAGGCCGCCUCGGCCUCGGCCUCGGUUUCGCGCCGAUUGAGGGAGCUGUGGGAGCCGCCGCUCGAGGCGGUUGCCGUCCUUCUGCGCGCCCUCAUUGCGCCCGAGGUGGCCGCCCUCAGCCCGAUCCAGCGGUCCUCGGUCGCUCUGCCCGACAUCAGCAAGCUCAGCGGGUCCCAGUCUGCUGGCAGGGACGCCCCGAACGCCGAGGCCUCGGAGAAGCAGAAGGAGGACCUCUGGAUCCGCGUCGAAGACGCCAUUUCGAGGCUUGCCGCUCGUCUGCCCGCGGCCGAUGUUGAGGAGACCAUGGGCGAUGCCUCGAUGCCCCCGUCCCGAAUGGCCAGCCUCGGCCCGGACGAGGAAGAUGACGAGGCAGCCCUGCAUCGAGAGCUCGAGUCGCUGCGAGCCCAUGUCAAGUACCUUUCCGCCGCCCUCAAGUCGCGCUCCUUCGUCCUCGACCCUCAGGCUGAACUCUUGGAAGGACUCCGCUCGGCCUGGGCCGGCUGUGCCGCCGUUGACCUGGCGCGAGCGGGCGAUGCCGUCGAGCCAGAGAUCCGCGCGUUUGCCGACAAAGCGCAAGCCUGCCUCGAGUCGAAGCUGUCUGGCGGCAAUCUCGCAGCCGAAGGCGAUCUGUUCCAGCCGCUCAUCCUCUCCCUCGAUCAGCUGCUGCCGGAGCUUUCGAUUCCGGACUACGCGACGCGGAAGGCCCAAGCCGCUGCUACCAGGGCCAACGCCGAACCCCAGCUGGAGGCCAAGAACAAGCGUCCCCGUCGCAACUCGCUCAAGGAGGUGGAGCCCGAGGACAUCGAGACUGCGGCCAAGCACGAGGCCAGCGCUCGCCCCGCCCUGACGAUGCGCCUCGCCUCGACCCCAGCCGCUCCGAGUGCGUCUGUUGCCAGCGUGUUUGCGUCUGGCCAGACUCAGGAGCCUGCGCUUGCCCAGCACACGGCCGACACCCGUCAGCGGCUAACCCGGACCAUCAGCCAGAGCGGCGGCAUCCCGAGCUCGAUUGACCUGGGCAGCGCACGCUCGCCCCCAUCGGUCCAGGAGAUGGAGCGUCGCAGAGCUGCCGAGCCCCCUUCGCCGGCCCUCAGCACCGUCAGCGUCGGAACCGACUACAGCUUCGCCCACGCCCGCCCGCGGCGUCCCUCGAGCGUCGUUUCGGUGACGCCCUCGCUCCUGUUCCCGCCCGGCACAGGCGACGACAGCGGCCGCCUCUCUCCGAGCGACGACAAUCGGCAGAUGCUCUUCCCCGUCUCGUCAAACGACCAGGCCGAAGGGUCAUGUCCGUCCCUGUCGCGCUCCAGGACGGCAUCCCAGCUGGCUCCGGGCAUCCCCGGAGCCCGCCCAAGGCUGGCCAGCGCGGGCCUGGCGAGGCCCCGGGUCACGAGCAUGUACAGCACCCCGUCCACGAGCGGUAUCACCGCAUCUUCCUCGGCGCAGUUCAGCACCUCGACCGCCACGGCCGAUACCAGCCUGCACAGCCUCGACGCCGGCCUAUCGCCUCUCGAUGCCGGCAUGCCGACUCGCAGGCGAACCUCGUCGAACGCCUCGAUCUCGUCGCGCACCCGAGGCAUGGCGCACAUGAUCUCCAAGACGUCGCCGUCGAUCUCCGAGACGCCCGAGGGGUCUCAGCCGUCCCAGGCCGGCCUUGGCGACGCGCGCGGCGAAGUCGCUGCCGGCUCGAUGAGCUCCGGCGCGGGCGGGCGCAAGGCGAGCGACACGCUGCGGAGGCUCAAAGGCCAGCGAUCCAACAGCAGGCUCCACAGCCGCUUUGCGAGCGACGGCAGUGCCGGCGGCGCUUCCGAGCCGGUUCCGGCUAUGCCGAGUUGGGCAAAAGCCCCGGCGGCGUCGCUGCUGCGCCCGUCGACGUCGAAGGCGACCAUCACGACGGACGCCGUCACGGGGCGUUCCGAUGUGCCGAGGAGCGUGCUCUCCGAGCAGCGCCAAGAGCAGUACCAGCCAUCACACCAGGCGCCGCUGACGGCGGCCCAGAGCCUAGAGAGGUCGCGCAUGGCCCACUCGAGCAUCCCGUCGGUGCUCGAAGAGGCAGAGCUCGACAAGGCCCUGACCGGCCCGUCGUUUACGAGCGCUCUCAUGGCCGGCGCGCUGUCUGGACUCACCGUCGACCUGCUCUUCUACCCCAUCGACACGAUCAAGACGCGGCUGCAGAGCUCGCAGGGCUUCCUCGCGGCGGGAGGUUUUAAGGGCGUCUACCGCGGCCUCGGCAGCACCGCCGUCGGCAGCGCACCGGGCGCCUCGGUCUUCUUCACCACCUACGAGUCGAUGAAGCCCACGCUGCGGCGGCUGGCGCCCGACGUGUUUGGAGAGCGCGGCUCGCUGGGACCGGCGGGCCUGCACAUGGCGUCGGCGUCGAUUGCCGAGACGGCGGCCUGCCUGAUCCGCGUGCCCACCGAGGUGGUCAAGUCGCGCCAGCAGACGUCGAGCUACGGCGCCAAGACGAGCACCGCCCAGGCGUUUAGGAUGGUGUUCAAGGAGAGCGGCUUCAGGGGGUAUUACCGCGGCUUCGCCGGCACCGUCGGCAGAGAGAUCCCCUUCACCUGCAUCCAGUUUCCGCUCUACGAACGGCUGAAGCUCGAGAUGUCGCGCUCCAGCCUGCUGGGCCACGACGCCGACUCGGGCGUGUCCAACGAGAAGCGGGUGCGCGACCUGCCGACGUGGCAGGCGGGCAUCGCCGGCAGCAUUGCGGGCGCCAUCGCCGCGGGGCUCACGACGCCGCUCGACGUCGUCAAGACGCGCAUCAUGCUGCACCGCGACGUCGGCGCCGUCGCCGACAACGCGGCCGGCGGCGGAGCGGGUGGCCUUCCGCGCGGCGUCAAUACGCGCAUCCUGCCCACCUUGACCCACAUCUUCCGGACCGAGGGCGUAAAGGCCCUCUUUUCCGGCUUUGUGCCGCGCACCAUGUGGAUCGGCCUCGGCGGCGCCGUCUUCCUCGGCACGUUUGAUGCCGGCGUCAAGGUGCUCGAUCCCUAG